UUUCUCCACUCCUCAAUGCCUACAUAAACCCACCCACCUCUCCAUGUAAAUUAAACACCCAAAACCUCAAAACAAAAAACAAAAUAAAGACUAGUAAGAUGGCAAGGCAGCUUUACACGAUGUCGUUUCUUCACUUAGCCACCUUACUCUUCAUUUUCCGAACAAUCUCAGCCGUCGGUUUCCCUCCGGCGCCACCAACAACAACCAACCACCUAGAUUUCAUCCGUACGAGCUGCAACGCGACGCUCUACCCUGACGUCUGUUUCACGUCGCUUGCUGGCUACGCCUCCGCCGUGCAAGACAAUCCUGCGAGGCUAGCCAAGCUCGCCAUCGGCGUCUCCCUCUCCCGCGCAAAACACACGGUGUCUUACCUCUCAAAACUCUCCCGCGCCGCCGCCUCUGCCUCCCCCGCCGUCCACGACUGCGUUUCCAACGUGGGAGACGCCGUGGAGCAGAUGCACGGCUCGCUCCAGCAGCUCAGAGAGAUGAACCACCGCCGUCCCGGAGCUCCGGCGUUUCGGUUUCAGAUGAGUAACGUGCAGACGUGGAUGAGCGCGGCGCUGACGGACGAGGAGACGUGCACGGAUGGGAUCACGGAGGAGAUGGAAGAGGGAGAGACGAAGACGGCCGUUUGCGAGAGAGUCGCCGACGUGAAGAGGUUCACGAGCAAUGCGCUUGCUCUAGUCAACACAUACGCCAAUAACGGAGCCUAGCACUAGGCCAUUUCUACGAAGCUAAUUAAGCUAUAUAUAAAUACUUGUGUAUAUGUAUAACUAUAAUAUAUAAUCGAUAUGUUUAGAUUUUGUGUGUAUUCGAGGCUAUGGAAUCGAGUUUUUACUGA